UGACACGGAGAGGGGGAGGGGUUGCACAGUGGCAUACAGGCCGGCAUAGACUGUACAUUACUAUUGAGAGGCCGAGAGGGAGGGACGAGAAUGCUGAAUCAGUGAAACUGAAUGAAAGCCUGGGAGAGGGUGGAAGAGGGUGUACGACAGGACGACAACAGCAGGGAUAAGAAGUGUGAUAUCCUUUCAACGGAGAGAGGCUGUUUGAUUUAUCUUAGGCACGGAUGGAUCUAAACCUGAGGUUGGCUCGUAUACAAGGUUUGAACAUCUGUGAAUCUCAUUAAAUCUCCAGCCCUUGUAGACAUUCAGUUCAUUCAACCCAGUCAGUGUUUGGUGAUUUUUGUUUUCAUCGGGGAAAGUUCAAAGGUUAAACAUUCACGGGGGAGCGUAAGUUGACCUUACACCUUGCCACAGACCAGAAAAGGAAGCCAAGAUGGAAAAAAGGCAGGUGGUGUUGCCAACUCUGUCCCGCGUUGCAGUGUGUGGCGGUACCCAUGGCAACGAGCUGUCAGGGGUCUACCUGGUGAGGGAGCGGCUGAAAAAGAAGAAGGUUGUAGAGGAGGAGGAACACGUUUCCGUGGUGACCGUGAUGUCCAACCCGCGUGCCGUCCAGCAUUGUCGGAGAUACACCGAGACAGACCUGAACCGCUGCUUCACCCGCGCCACUCUCAGUUCCCCCGUGACGGACAAAACCCCGUACGAGAUUGUUCGGUCCCAGGAACUCAACUCACUGCUCGGCCCCAAGGGCAGCCCAGAGGCCACCGACCUGGUGUGUGACCUCCACAACACCACGGCCAACAUGGGCCUGUGCUUCAUCGCCUACUCAGACCGCGACUGGAUCAGCCUUCACAUCUACAGACACCUGCAGAGACAAAUGUCUGGAAUACCGGUGAGGUUCCUUCACUUUGACCUUCCCCUCAACGAAGCAUAUUCCCUUGACUCUGUAGGCAAACAUGGCUUUGCGAUUGAGAUCGGUCCUCAGGCCCAUGGACUAGUCAGAUCCAACAUUUUAUCCGCAAUGCAAGAAGGAGUCCAGCACAUGUUAGACUGGGUCCGACUCUUUAACUCAGGAGCCCAGUUUGAAGGAGGACAAGUGGAGGUUUACACCAUGGUGAAGAAUGUGGACUACCCAAGAGACCCAGAGACCUGUGGCCUCACAGCUGCCAUUCAUCCUCAGCUGCAGGAUCGGGACUUCUGCCUCCUCCGUCCCAACGACCCGCUGUUCCAGACCUUCUCUGGAGAGACAUUAAAGUACAAGGGGACGGAGGCACUCUACCCGUUCUUCGUUAACGAAUGUGCGUACUACGAGAAGGGCAUAGCUCUGUCCCUAGCACGACAGAGGAGUGUGGGGAUACCGUCCAUCCGGUCGGAGAGAGAGGGGGAACGGGGAAAAUUUAAAAGCGCCGCCGAAGAAAUUGAGGAAGAGGAGACAGAGGAGGAAGGCUCUCCGAUAGAAAUGGAAUGUGAAAAGCAGAGUGGUUCACUGUGACCGUAUAAACGAGCUCCUAUUUAAAACACCUUCCGUACCUCAGGAACAAGGUAAUCGUGUGGAACGAGAUGCACUGAUCAAAUGUAACUUCACAGAAUAAAAUCCUUUAUUGAAA